AUGUGGUACCGUGAUGUCAAUCAAAAACAAAAAUUUUUAUACAAAAGCAGACAAAAUAAGAAAUUUUCAUAGAAAACAGCAAUAAAACAAUAAUAUUUAUAAGAAAUUGUUAAAUAAAAACAAUAUACAGAAGGUGGUCAAACAGUUUAUGGCUAAAAUGGGAAAGCUUACACCAGAAGAAGAAGCCCGCAACAAAAUGAUUAUGCGUGAAAGAGAUCGUGAGCGCAAACGUUUAAAACGUAUGAAUCCCGAAUACAGGCGAAUGGAACAGGAACGAGAUCGUGAUCGUAAAAAGGCCCGACGAGCCAAUGAAGCUUUUCGACAGCUCGAAAAAUUGCGCGAUAAAAUACGCAAAGAACGCAAAAAAGGCAUAAUAGUCGAUGAGGCAGCAUUGGCGAAACAUUUCAAUUUAGUGCCAACAACACCCGUCGAACCAGAAGUUAUAAUCAGUGAUGUGGUAACGGGCACAGAUCAACAGCAGCAACAGCAAGCUAACCAACAGCAGCAGGCUACACAACAACAACAGCAGCAGCAACCGUUGCUGACGCAACAGCAACAACAUCAUACACAACAGCAUCAGCCACAAAGGCGAAGAAUAAAUAAUACGAAUAAUGCAAAUACAACAAACACGUCAAAUAUGGCGAAUACUACAAGUAGUAUAACAACAACUACCAUUACCAGUGCUAAUACAAACAACAACAACAACAAUCUAACACAGGUCACAACGGCCAACAUGCCACCCUCCACUAAUACAGCUGCCACUCAUAUGUCACAACUAAACAAGGGUCUACUCUAUCCACCACCCAAUUUUCCCCAUCAUCCUUUACCCAUACCCGGUGUGGCACUAAUGCCCUCACUGUGCCAUCCCAUUUUACAUCAAAAUCUAAGUGCUACUCUGUAUCCACAGAAUAGUGUUAAACAAGAGUAUAAUACGGCACGAAAUGAUACGUCAUCAUCGUCUAAUGCCCAUAAUUUAAGUGCUACUUUGUAUCCACAAAAUAAUAUUAAACAAGAAUAUAAUUCGGGUAGCAAUGAUACCUCGCCUUCAACAAAUGCCCACAAUCAACAGCAAUCACCAUCAACGGCACCGGGCGCAGCCAAUGCCGGAGCCACCAAUAAUAACGAUGAACAUGAGAUGAAUAUGAUUGAACCGGAAAUAAUAUUGCAAACAUCAUCGGAUAUUAUAGCGGCGCCACAUCAUUUCAAUAAUCAUGCCCAUGCUCAUCAUCUACACCAGCAACAGUGUAAUAUGUUUACGCAUAUGGCACCACAGGCUCAUAUGGCAGCCGCUCAUAUGCGUGCAGCAGCUCAUGCUCCUCACAUACCGCCAUCAGCAUCGGCUUUGGCAGCUGCUGUAGCUGCAGUACAAUCUCAACAUCAACAGCAGCAGUUACAGCAACAACAACAACAGCAGCAGCAACAACAUCCUACAUCACAACAUACUAUAACACAACAACAACAACAGCAGCAACAACAACAGCAACCACAACAUCAAACGCAACAAUAAAUUUUGAAUGUUUAAUUAAAACAAACAGCGGAAAAAAAUGCAUAUUUGCAAAUUUACUAUUUUAUUAUUAUUGCUUGUUUUUGUGUAAUCGUGGGCAUUAUUAGAAUUUAUGCCAUUUUUAUAAUUAUGUUUUUUUUCUUCAGUUCUGUUUUUUGUUUCCUUUCGUUUGUCGUCAACAUCAUUCAUGUCGUCUUAUUAUGGG